AGGACUGAAGUUAAAUAUAUCCAACGUCAGCAUGAAAUGUCAUCGUCAUCCUUCUUCUUCUCCGUCGUUCUUCUGCACUUUCUCAGUUCUCUCUCUCAAUUAACAUUAGUAAUAACAGCACGUUGUUCAAUUUUCGGAUUGCUUCGCGGAUUUCGAUAAACACGGUAUAGUAUACAUUUCUAGGUCUGUUUCUCAAUUUGCAUAUUUCAGAGCUGAGCGAGGUGUUCGACAAUGACAUCCAUUUGCCCGCCGACGUUCCCGUCGCCGCGUACGAAUCCGAAACCUCUGAAGUUUAACUUUGUGCAUUCGAGAUUCAUCUCCUCCAAGUUCAGGCGAAGAUUGCAAUCGGGAGUUUCUCUGUCUAGGGUUCCUGAUUCCUCUUUCUGCUGCCGUUGCAACCAAAGGGGAAGUGGCGGCGGCGAUAGCUCCGAUUCAGGUGCCAAGGAGGUGUGGCGGUGGGGCUUCGGUGUUCAGGAGACUUUUAGGAAUGCAAUUAAACGUUUUGAUGACUACUUGAGUUCGUUAAGGGAUCAGAGGACGGGUGAAACUCUGGUUAUGGCGGAGAAGUGGGGAGAUGAAGAGGAGGAAGGAGAAAAGUGGGAUUGGGAGAGGUGGAUGAAUCAUUUCCUCGAGGUUGAUGAGCAGGAGCGCGUUGUAUCGAUUUUGAAGUCUCAGUUAGCUAAUGCGAUUGAAAGAGAGGAUUAUGAAGAGGCUGCUAGGAUAAAGGUGGCAAUUGCACCUCUGCUAGGAGCGACACUGUUGGCAGGGUGAUGUCACAUCUAAAGAGAUCUGUGGAGGAAGAGCGAUAUGGAGAUGCAGCUCUUAUACGUGAUCAUGCAGGGGCUGGUUUGGUUGGAUGGUGGGCUGGAACUUCAGAAGAUGCCAAUGAUCCUUAUGGUCGCAUUAUUCAUAUGAGCGCUGAACAUGGAAGAUACAUCGCUAGAAGUUACAGUCCUAGAUUGCUCGAUAUAGAGGUCAGGGAAAAUUGGCCGAGCCUGGAGUUCAAAAUCCUCGAUGGGUUGAUGGUGAACUUGUUAUAUUGGAUGGAAAGCAUAUCAAAGGAGGUCCUGUUGUUGGCUUUGUUUACUGGGGCUCCUGAACCUCACUUGGUAUUCUUCAAUCGACUCAGGCUGCUGGAUUGAGUACUUGUCACACCAAAACUUAGAUGUCACUGUUCCAAUUGUGUUCGUAGGUAAGUCCAAUAUUCUGUGUGUUUGUUCCCUUUGUGAAUAAAAUUGCCUGAAACAUGUGAUUUUAACCUCUUGCUUUUAGAGGACGGCUUUUAAGCUUCAAUGGAACAGGCGUAUAUAAUAUAUUACAUACUAAACAUUCUAUAACAGACUGUUCGAUUUGCAAGUGGAAGACCUAAUAUGGUGAUCCCUACUUCAAAGGUAACAGUAAAGACAAUUGUGCUGUUUGCUCAGAUGAGCUAUUCCGGUCUCCCAUUGAGAUUUGGGGAAGGGAAAUACCAGUUCCUGGUAUCUAGUCGAGCAAAUUGUUUGACUUAAACCACCUUUCAACUCGAUUUUUGUCACCUUGUAUAUUGAACAAGUAUUGGUGGCUUGGUGCCUGCAAUAAUACUUUUUCUAUGCUUCUGUAGUUGAGCUGGCAUUUAUGGCCUGAGUCCUCUCUCAUCAUACUUGUGGGGAAAUCAGAAACUUUGAGUAACCAGGCCAAAUCCUUGUAUCUGACCCCCUUCCCGGUUAACUACAUGAACCAUCACAGUCGUGGUGACAUUAACCGUGGAAUCUUGAGGUGUAACAUUUACUUGAUAACAGUCUCAUCUAACUAAUGCAUAGCGUGUCCUGCAUAGGAUGUAUAUAUCACCUGGCUCCAUUUUGUAUAUAUGUACAUAUAUACCUAUCUAUAGUCAGUUGAUAACAAAUUCAACAUCCAAUGUUGAGUGUUAAUUAUGAUGCUUUGGGUUUUCCCAAUUGGUUCAUGUUUCACAGAUGGCAGUUUUAUUGUGUAAUCUGUGUGAACAGUUGGUUAUUUUCAUAAUAUUGAUAUGUUUAUUUAUGAUUGAAGGCA